AUGGCACUACUAUACAAAGAAUAUGUAAAAGGAUAUAUACAUAAGGUAUAUAUAAAAAAUAUAUACAUAAAAAAAAUAUAUAAAGAUAUUUAAGUAAAAAAAAGGAAGAAAAGAAAAAAGAAUGAAGUAAAAUAAAAAUGAAAAUAAAAUAAAAAAGAAAUAAUAAAAAUAAUGAAAAAUAGAAAAUAAAAAAUAUAAUAGUGGAAAAUAACAAUAUUUAUAAAUAAAAUUAAAAAUAAAAAGUAUAUAUAAAUAAAUAAAAGAACAAUAAAAUGUUUUUUUGAGUACAAUAUAUUCCCACAUUUUUUAAAGUGAACAGAAGUGCUAUACCGACUAUUGCACUCUUCCAAACUAAUAAUUGAUGGGAUUUAAAUAAUUUGAAUAAUGCCCCUAUAGAAGGGGGAUUUUUCCCAUAAUAAGAGAAAGGAAAUCUCUUUAUGCAAGAAAGAAUCCUCAAGAAAAGGAUAUAUAGCAGAGGCUUAAAUUGAAGAAAAACGUUUUCUUAUAUGAUUUUUGGAAAUAUAUAUCCAAGAAAUAAUUAUAGUAUCUAUUUCUGAAAGAAUAGGAAAAGUGCAAUAUUUACAUAAAAGUGCAAAUACAAUCUUAAUCUUCCAGAAAACACCAUAAGUCUAUGUCUAAAUUGAGUCCACAUGGUUGUAACGUUUUUAAUUUAUUUAUCCAAAAGGUUUACCUUUGUGAAAGUUUUUUAAUUAAAUUACCUCCUCUCCAAUGGGGGUUAACAUGCUCAAUGCAAAAUCUUGCCAGUUGAAAUUAUUACAGUGAAUUGGUAUUAUUUUAGUUUAGUGGAAAUUUUUCUAAUAUUAUUUUGACGUUCUAGAUUCUUUUCUUUCAUUUCCUACAAGUCCUCCCCACAUAUUGUUUCCCACAUGGGCAUUGUAGUAUAUAAACAACAUGUACAAUUUACAAUUUAUAUUAUAAAUGUAUUUUUCAAAUGUUUAGCCUGUUCUUGAUGAUCUGAAUUUUUAGUGCAAUUUCGUCUUAUUCUUGUUAGUUGGCCUUUUGGGAUGGUUUCCAACCAUUUUUCAUGGUGGCAGCUUUUUCUGUGUAUAUAGCUAUUGCCUUCAGUUUUUUUUUUUUUUUUUUCAAAACAUUUUUUGAUUGUAUAGUUUGGUUUUCAACAUAGAAGAAAACAUCUAGAAAAUCAAUUGUUUUUGAAUCAAUCGCAUAGGUAAAUUUUAGACCAUAAUCAUUCCUAUUGAUUUAGGAAGAGAUGUAAUUCAUCCUGUGGUUCUCACCAAAUCAUUAAAAUGUUUCCAGAGGACCAGGUUCGCUGCCCAGCCAUGCCCUCUCCAUAACUAUUUUCUUUUUGAUAGUUAUUUUUAUCUUCAGACUACCGGUACAGCAAUGGGUAUCAGGUUCGCCCCCAGCUAUGCCAACAUCUAUAUGCGAGAUUGGGAAUCUAACCACAUAUGGAGGGGGCAUGGCUGCGCAGCGAUCCUGGUCCUCUGGAAAUGUUUUAUUGACAAUGUUUUUUAUUGGCAAUUGUUUUCCACUGAAAAAGUUUGACACCCAUCUUUGAACUUUUUCUGUGUGCUGCAAAUCAUCAGGACUUGUAACUGCUGCAAUAAAUCAUAUCCCUAACAGAAAGAAGUUAUAAAGUUUUCAGCCACCUUGGUAUGCACUUUUUACACCAAGUGUUACAAGAUUCUGGACAAAGAGGAAAACCUGGGGAAGAAAGCGGGUGAAAGAGUUUAAGUCCGAUACAGCGGCACUGCAAAGAUUUUUAAUAUGGUUGUCAUUUAUAAUUAGAACUCUAUCACCCUCUCUACAAUUAAUUAACAAAAUAUCAUUUUUCUGUGUCACAAUUGUGUUUCCUUAAAAAGUAGACAUAGACUUUAGUAUUAUUAGUAACUACCUCAAAAAUAUACUGCUCAUUAACUUUGACAUAUGACUGCUGCCAAUUUGUUUUUUUUAAUGGAAAGUAGCCCAGACCUAUAUCUAAAUUUCAUAGUGCUAAAGAUAUCUGUUUGAAUGUCCAUUCGGAAUGAAUGGUAUGAAGAAGGCGCACAGUGACAAAAAUGUUGUCUUUACAACCUUGAGAUACAUGUAUGCUAUAUUCUAAUUUGCCUCUUGUUUUCCAGCAAUUUCCUUCACAGAUAGUGGGAUUUGUGCCACGGAAACAUACCUCCUCAUCCACUGGAAUAUAUAGCUAUGGGAGCUUUGAGUUGCAGGCAUCACAACCUAGGAAUGGUGACCUUUACUCCAUGAUACUCAUCGGGGCUGCAUUUUUUCACAGUGACUACCUAAAGCUCUUCGAGGGCUUACCCAUUUCAAUCCAUGCCAUGAUAGAUAAAACACAGAACUGUGAUGAUAUUGCAGUGAAUUUUUUAGUGGCUAAUCACACUGGGAGGGCCUCGGGUGUGUUUGUAAAACCCACAGAUAUGAGGAACCUGGAGAAGGAUGCAGAAAGUGGAUACACAGGGAUGUGGCAUCGUUCAGAGCAUCUCCUGCAGAGAUCUUACUGUCUAAACAAGCUGGCUGGGAUUUACGGCAAGAUGCCUCUUAAAUAUUCUGCAAUAAUGAUUUCACAGUUUGGUUUUCCAAACUAUGCCAAUCAUAAAUCUUAA